UUGUGAGUGAAGUGGAUGUGAAAAACGAACGAAGGUUUUAACACAGAGCCGGAGGAAUGUAUCCAACUCGGGCAGCGGCGAGCCAGCGUCUCUGGAGAUGUCCAGCCUGCGCUCUGUGGAUCGCUCUGCUCUUCCAAAGUGUCCUGGACCUGAGCGCGUCUGGGUCUGAGUUUCCCAAAGACCCCAGUGUGAUAGCUACCACUUCAUGGAACACCUCUAGUGAUGGGUCCUUCUUCAUCCGUCUUGAUGCUCCCAUGAACAACAUCACCACCUCUUUGGGCCACACGGCCGAGCUUCUCUGCUACGUGGCUGGCAACCCGCCGCCCACUGUGCGCUGGCUGAAGAAUGAUGCCCCGGUGGUGCAGGAGCCACGACGGAUCUCGCAUCGAUCUACGCCUUACGGAUCACGUCUCCGGAUCCGCAACCUGGACACUACUGACACGGGCUACUUCCAGUGCGUGGCCACCAACAUUCAGGGUACCGUGUCCACGACGGGCGUGCUCUUUGUCAAAUUCGAUCCACUCCCUACACUUCUGUCAGGAAGGCCAACGGAGGAUUUUGAUGAAGAAGGAUUCUGCCAGCCGUACAGAGGUAUAGCCUGCGCCCGCUUCAUUGGUAACCGCAGCAUCUUCGUCGACUCGUUGCAGAUGCAGGGCGAGAUCGAGACCCAGAUCACAGCGGCCUUCACCAUGAUCGGGACAUCCAACCAUUUGUCCGAUCGUUGCUCUCAGUUUGCCAUCCCUUCUCUCUGCCACUUUGCCUUCCCGUCGUGCGACCGCAGCUCUGGAACUGACAAACCUCGGGACCUGUGUAAGGACGAGUGUGAGAUCCUGGAGAACGACUUGUGUAAGACAGAGUACAUCAUCGCUCGCUCAAACCCCAUCAUCCUGAAGAGACUGAAGCUGCCAAACUGUGAGGACCUGGCUGCCUUUGAAAGCCCCGAGGCUGCCAACUGUCUGAGGAUCGGCAUCCCCAUGGCCGAGCCCAUAAACAAGAAUCACAAGUGUUACAACAACAGCGGGACAGACUUCAGAGGGACAGUCAGUAGGACCAAGUCGGGCCGUCAGUGUCAGCCGUGGAACUCGCAGUAUCCUCACAGCCACACCUACCUGGCCAUCCGCUACGUGGAGCUGAAUGGAGGACACUCGUAUUGCCGUAACCCUGGGAACAAACUCGAGGCCCCCUGGUGCUUCACGCUGGACGAGGGGGUCCGCAUGGAGCUCUGUGACAUACCUGUCUGUGACCAUAAAGACAAGUCUGGCGGCAGCAACAUGGAGAUCUUGUACAUCCUGGUUCCCAGCGUGGCGAUCCCCUUAGCCAUCGCGUUGCUCUUCUUCUUUAUUUGUGUGUGCCGCAACAACCAGAAGUCCCCGACACCUCCCGCUCCUCGUCAGCCCAAACCAGUCCGAGGACAAAACGUUGAGAUGUCAAUGCUCACAACUGCAUACAAGCCAAAGAGUAAGGCCAAAGAGCUUCCCCUGUCGGCUGUGCGUUUCAUGGAGGAGCUCGGAGAGGGCUCUCUAGGGAAGAUCUACAAGGGUCACCUGUAUCUGCCGGGCAUGGACCAGGCACAGCUUGUGGCCAUAAAGACCCUGAAGGAUGUCUCCAAUCCCCAGCAGUGGGCCGACUUCCAGCAGGAGGCCGCAGUGCUGACAGAGCUGCAGCACCCAAACGUGGUGUGCCUGCUGGGUGUGGUGAUCCAGGAGCAGCCUGUCUGUAUGCUGUUUGAGUUUUUGCCCCAAGGCGACCUCCACGAGUUCCUCAUCAUGCGUUCACCGCACUCUGACGUUGGCUGCAGCAGCGAUGAGGAUGGCACGGUGAAAUCCAGCCUGGAUCAUGGAGACUUCCUGCAUAUGUCCAUACAGGUGGCAGCUGGGAUGGAGUACUUGGUCAGCCACUUUUACACCCAUAAAGAUCUGGCAGCUCGGAACAUUCUCGUAGGCGAACAGCUCCACAUCAAGAUCUCCGACCUGGGUCUCUCCAGAGGGAUCUACUCCUCAGAUUAUUUCUGCCUGCAGCCCAAAACUCUGCUUCCCAUCCGCUGGAUGCCCCCCGAGGCCAUCACUUACGGCAAGUUCAGCGCAGAAUCGGACAUCUGGUCGUUCGGAGUUGUGCUGUGGGAGAUCUUCAGCUACGGUCUGCAGCCCUAUUACGGAUUCUCCAACCAGGAAGUGAUGGAGAUGGUGAGAAAGAGGCAGCUGCUGCCCUGCCCCGAGGACUGUCCGCCAAGGUUUUAUGGUUUGAUGGCUGAAUGCUGGCAGGAGGGACCAACGCGUCGAACGCGCUUCAAGGACAUCCACGCCCGCCUGCGAGCCUGGGAAGGGCUGUCAUCCCACGCCAGCUCUAGCACGCCCUCUGGUGGAGGAGGCAACGCCACCACCCAAACCACCUCGCUCAGCGCCAGCCCCGUCAGCAACCUCAGCAACCCCCGCUACGUCGCUGCCGCCGCGGCUGCAGGAUACCUCUACCCAGCACAGGCUAUCCCCUCGCAGGGCCAGAUGGCUCCUAUUCAAGCCUGGGCGCCCAUGGCCGUGACGCAAACACAUCAGCGCUUUAUCCCCGUUAAUGGAUACCCCAUCCCGCCAGGAUACGCCGCUUUCCCAGCCCAUUUCCCUCCCCCGGCCCCACCGACCCGGGUCAUCCAGCACCACCUGCCCCCUCCCAAAAGCCGCUCACCCAGCAGUGCCAGCGGCUCCACCAGCACGGGUCACGUCAGCGGUGGGCCCUCCACCACGGGCUCCAACCAUGAUGCCAAUACACCGCUGCUCUCCCACUGCAUCAUGCCGGGGAACGGUGGAGGGACGAUUCAGCUGUACGGACAAGUAUGCCAGAAGGGAAUGGGUCAACUGGACCACGCAUCACAUAUGGCGCUGCUCGCUGCUGAUUCUGACGUACUGAUGUACAACGACUCGGUCAUCACCGCAGACCUGUAGAUAAAUAGAGUGGUGCUCACACUCUUACUGCUCGGGACCCACAUUUGAGAAGUUUAUCCUUUCACACAGGGACCCAGACUACUACAUUUCUACUCUGGUCACUUGGAGGUCCAACAGAAACUGGCCUGUACGCACAUUUGAGUGUGUAAGAAACACUGCCGCAGCUACACAAAUAUAUACACAGCUGUCUGACUUUUUAAUGCCCUAUUGUAAAGCAUGUGUACUUACUACCAUGGUUUGAAAAUGUUGUGUUAUUAUUUUAACCUCUGUGUAAAUACGGUACAUAAGUCCAGAAUGAAUGAGUGAAAUACAAAGAUAUAUAUUCAAAAUAACUUUUUAUUAAGGAAAAUAACUUUUUAAAGGUGAAAAGGUAGCGAGUUCAUCCUGCGGCCGGAGAAAUUGUUUUGUAUCACAGUCCGACAAAAAGUUCCUGUGUCAACAACCGAGUGAACAGACUGUUUCAUGCGGGAUGUGAAGGAAGCAUUGACAUUCAUACCGUGGCCUUUAUUGCCCUUCAGCAGUGGUGCGACUUGCUUGUUUCUGGACGUAUAAGAACACAAAAAUGUGCUUCACAUUUGCUUGUACAGUAGAAGAAACUGCAUUUAACAAGCGAUAAUUGAGCGAACACAAAUGAGAACAAACGGAUUGAACAAUAGAGAAGUUCAGCAUCUUUUACUGAGAAGACCAGCACCGACCUGCUCAAAUACACCAGGGUACGAGGCAAACAGGUGACCGGUUUGGGUUUCACAAAUUGCAGGCAGACUAUGUGACCUCUCCCCAUCGAAGCAGCUGGACUUAAAACUAACCUAACGGUGAUAGGUUGGCUAAAAUACUCAACCAGGCAACUGAGAUCUGGCAUUUUCACACAAAAUCCCUUCGGAAAUGACACCUGAAUGUUUUUUGUGCAACCACAAUAUGACUAUCUAACGCUUUCACAACAUGGACACAGGCCUCUUUGCCUUUUUUUUUUUAAAUCUCAGUAUACAGCUUCCCAGGCUGAAGGACAAGGAAGCGGGGAGUACUUCUGAUUGGACAAUAAACUCUUCAUCAGUAUUUUCCUCCUUUCCUCUCCCUCUCACCUUCACAGGUGAUCCCUUGCUCUCCCCCCCCCCCCCCCUCCCCCUUGUCCUCCUCUCCUCUCGUUCCAUCUUCCACCCUCCCAGCAGAGCAGACUUGGCCUCUAACUUCAAAAUAUGGCUGCAGAAGACCCUUCCCAGAUCUACAAAUGAAACCACACAAUGCUCAUAUCCUCCACAGUUCAACAGGAAUCGGUCUCAGGGCACAAACACUUCACUCACCACACAGAGAGCUGCAGUUAAUUUACUGUCAGUGAUGUAAAGCUUUCCCCACCACCACCAAAAAAACGAUUUCAUUGUAAAUUGGGUAUUGGUUUUCAUUUUUAUGGGGGAGUUUUUCCAGUAUUUUAAAUUUUGAAGGAACUUAAAGAUUUUAUUCACAGGGCUUAUCUUCACGUCUUUCUUUACUCUACUCUCUACUCAAAGCAGUUAGAGUUAAAGCACAUGAGGCUCAUAGUAGAUAAUGUUACCGUUACAAAAAUCAGCCUCAUGUACAUGAACAAAAACUUCUAUGAAUAGUGCGUUUGACAUGCUCAUUGUUGCCCACUGUCUGCCUGUACAGAAGAAUGUUUGACCUGAAUAAGGAUCAUGUUCAUGAGCUUAGGACAGACUGCAUCACUGUGUGCAGAGAGAUUUAUGUACAGUGUUUUCUUUUAUUUGGUUCUUUAUCAGAAAAUGGUCGGUAUGGUAUUAAUUGUAUCCGUAAACAUCUGGCACCAACUUUGCGGACAUGUCGGUGAUCCCAACCAGUGCAGCCUUUUUAAAAGAAAAAGAGCAAAAUGAAUAUGACCAUAUUGUUGUAGUUGUAUUUAUAUUUCAACAUGUCCAGUAGCAGGUUAUUUUAUAAGACUAAUUUAUCCAAAUACCCAAAUGUUUUUGGUAAAUGAUUCUUAAUCCUGUUAUUAUUUGAUGAUAGUAGAAGCAAGGCUUAAUAUGAAGCUAUUAAAAACAACAACAUAUAGAUAGCAGCUGCAGCAACAGUAAAGUUUGUGCUCUUAGUUACCUUCUUUGUAGUAGACAAUCAUUGGUUUCGAAUGGUCGUAAAAGUGUCCCUGACCGUACGUGUUGCACUUGUUAUCGCUCUAUCAAUCAGCUGUAUUUACUAACCAAACACAAAUCUAGUAUGACACAAGGGUGAGCUGAUAGCAUCUCACUGUGGAUGUGCAGAGCAUAAAGCGCAGUGAAGAUGGCGGUUGCCUGUAGUGAAUUUUUUUUUUUAAUGGUAAUGUUUUUAAGUUGACAUUUGUGGAAUGUUGAUAGACAAGACUGUAGUUUGUUGAGUAUUUAGUAAAUGUACCUUUUAAACCCUUCAGAUCAUUGCUACUAUAUGAUGCUACUAAAAGAAAAGCAACUGCGCCAUUUCACUGCAGACUAAAAUGACAUUAAAUCAGAUUUAUAUUAGACUGGCCUUUAGUUUACCCCCAAGAUGAUUCAUUCAAACCAACUACGGUCCACAGAAGUUGAUUGUCGGCCAAUAUCAACAUGAAGAGAGAAGAUUGUGUUUUGUUCCUCUUUCCAAGAUAAUUUGACUCCUUUUAAGUUAAUGUUCCCGAUGAGGUUUUAUUUCAUUGCUUUCUUUUGUCUCUUUAUCUUUGUGUUCCUCUGAAGCUGAUCAAGCUACCAUGGCAUCUGAGUUUGUACACGUGACCUCCAUCCAACAUGUAAAGGAUUUACGUGUACUAAUAUAGCAGUGAAAAAAACCACUUGUACACAAGAAUGUGAAUCUUAAUCAAGUGUAGAUAUUUUGUUUUUGGCAAACAAAUCAUUAUUGUGCCUUUUUUUUUUUUAUACUCUAGAUCCAUUAAAAAAAAGUACAUUUAUAUUUCAAUAACAGUGUACCCAUUACAGAAGGUUUACAUGAUUAUCCUUUUGACCAAGAGAGGCCUUGUCUUUGUAUUUUGUCUGAACAUUUUUGCACAGAUGUUUUGUAUUGCAAAAUCAUUUAUUAAAUGAUGUUGUUU